UCGGGUUUCUGAGUUCUGACUGAUUCUGACUUUGACAAUACAUACAUUAUUUUUAUUUUGAUGUUGAUGAUGAUCUGAUGAGAUCUUUUAUUAAUUUUUUUACUAAUUUUCACAAUUUUGUUCAACAAGGUGCUUGUGCUUGAUUUGGAAUUGACAUAAAUAUUGAUCUGUAAAUAUGAUUAGAAGCCUGACCCUUGGCAUGAUGGCAUGAUAGAAUUGGAAGUCCUGAUUAAUUAUUUCCAGCAGGGACCAAACCAAGGACUCUAUUAUACAAGCCAAAGUUUUUCAUUGAAAUAUCGAGAAGAUGCCUGAAGUAGACAUUGAAUGGCCAUGGCAAUAUAAUUUUCCUCCAUUUUUUACACUGCAGCCCCACCCAGAAACAAGGUCAAAGCAAGUGGCAGCAUGGAAAUCUCUAAUUUUGGAAUAUUGUGAAAAAAACAAGAUUUAUGUUAUAGAUGUGAGAGAAUCAAGUCAAGGACCUCUAUUUUAUAAUUCCACAAUAAAUAGAAAGUUAGAACAAAGUGUAAUUUUGUCUAUUCUGAGUGAACUACAAAAAACUGAUAAUUCUGCACCAGUUGAUAAACUCAAUAAUCGGUGGGAAAUUUACUGGCAUACACUGGAAGAAUGGGCAUCUAUGAUAUAUGAUUAUGUAUUGGGUCAAGGUAUUCAAAAUAGUGUACUCACUUUGCAUGAAUUAGUACAAGGAGAGGAUACUGCAGAAGAAAUGUUUUUUGGGAUGAAUCAGGAAGUGCUCCUGAAAGUGUUGAGAUUGUUAGAGAAAGAUAGAAAAUGUGAAGUUAUAUUAGAGGAUGAUGUUCAAGGUGUCAAAUUCUUUUAAUUAUAUAUUAUAAAUAUGUUCUGUGAUUA